UAUAUUUGCUUUUAUUUAAAAAAAAGUUAUUUUUAUAAUCUUUUGUUUAUACUAUUAAAAGUCCAUGCAUGUCUCAUAUUGAUACAUUUUAACAAAUACAUCCUGAUGGUUUUAAAACUGAUGAACAUAUUUUAAAUUUCAGAAUUGUUUUAAAAUUCUUUACAUAAAGUUAAAAUUUAAUUCAAUAGUCACUUUGUGUAGUACAUUUGUUAGUUUAAAAUGAGUUUUUAUAUGUGUUUAUAAAAAAGAAAUAAGAAAAUAACUGAUUUUUGUUACAUAUCACACUUCCUUUGCAAAUAUUGUUUUUGUUAAUAUUGCCACUUCUACAAUAGUAAUGUCUUCCUCUUCAAGUUGCAGAACAUUAAAGAAAACUUAGGGCCCAAUCCUGAAGUCCUUAAAGCACAUAAAACUUCCAAAAAAUUCAGCUAAUGUUUUGCUUGCAUAAGGACUUCUGGAUUAGGCCUUGAUUCUGCAAACCCUUAAGAACAUACCCAAUUUUACUUACUGGAAUAGUGAGCAAAGCUAAAUAAGUUUUUUAAAAGGGUUUGCAGGCUCUCCAUCUAUGUGAUGAAAAUGAAAAGAAUGAAAAAUAAUUAGAAUACAUUUAAAAACAGGAUACAAAGAAAACAGGACAAGCAGCAAAGAGUUUACAGUGCAGCAAGGGUGGUUUAGGUUGGACAUUAAGAAAAACUUCAUGUCAGGAUGCUUAAGCACUGGAAUAAAUUGCCUAGGGAGACUGUGGAAUCUCCAUCAUUGGAAUUUUUAAGAAUAGGUUAGACAAACACCUUUUAGGAAUGGUCUAGUUAUUACAUAUUCUUGCCUUGAGGGCAGGGUACUGGACUAGAGAACGUCUCUAGGUCCCUUCCAGUAGUACACUUCUAUGUGUCUUGGGGCAUCCUCCAGUGGCCAGAAUGUGGAAAUGGGAGUGAAUAGGCCUAUGUACUGCUCCUGACCACCACAACUGUAGCAAGUCACUUAAUCGCCACACAACUCAGUUCUUCAGUCUGGAAAAGGAUGAUAAUGCUAGCCUACCUGUCCAAAGGGCCUUGGGGGGAGGAAGUGCUGUACAAUUAAAUAUUACUGACUCAAAAACUACAGUGUGGUCAGAUUGCAAGGCCCUAAUAUGGCUUGUCUAGCUACCGAGAUACUCAACUUGAAAGCAAAAGCAACUGCAUUUUAGUACAGACACAUUAGUGAGAAUUAAGGGAUCAACCACUGCAGAGCAAUGGCUAUUCUUCAAGUUGAACAUUAUCAGAAGGGGUUUCAAGUCCGUAAUUUAGACCACUGGUUCUCAGCCUAUUUACCACUGGGGGCUGCAUAUGCACCUCUCUGUAUGUUACGUGGGCCACACCCACACAGUACAAAUACUACGUGUAUGGCCCUAGGGAUGUGGGGUGAGCGCUGCAGGCAGGGGCUGGAAACCACUGAUUUAGGCAGUAAAACAACUCAGGUGGAGGCCAGGGAGGCAGGACACGCUCAUGUUUCAACGGCUCCCCCGCCCAGCCUCUAGCCCUGCUGGGACUUCACAGUCUGUUGGGGGUUUUUUGUUUUGUUUUCCCUGCUUGCGUAUUUCCCCCCAGCCACCUGCCCCAGCGGUGGUGAGCGAAGCCGCGCCCAACGCCCCUCAGCGCGGCUGCCCGCACAGGGCCCCGGCGCCGCGCCUCCGCCCCUGAGCCGCGGGCGGCGCCGCCCGGAGCAGCGCGAAGCAGAGCCCGCACGUUCCACCGCAGCCCCCACGUGGGGCCCUCUCCGGAGCCAGCCCCUGCAACAGGGGCAUCUCAAGGAAGACGCGCGGAGUUCUGGGGGUGGGGACGAAAGGAAGGCGAGCGGGUUCUCUCGCACGCGCCGGCUCCUCGCGCUCCUGUUCCGGUCAUGUGCCACGUGACCGCACGUCGCCUCUCUCUUUCUCUCCUCCCCCCCGCGCUACGCGGCCUCGUUCUGAGAGUGACGCAGAACGGCGAAUCUACGGCGCGCCACUUGUGACCAAGAUCAUCACAAGCGUAGGCGGACGGCUCCCCCCGUGCGGUACUAAUACAGCCAAAUGAGCUAUCCCUGAUAGUAGAACUGUGCUCUGUGCUGCCUUCAUGAAAAAUGGAUGCAGAGGAAAAUCAGAAGAGUGAUGAAGUUGAUGGGAGUUUACAAACUGAUCUGACAGAAGAUUCAAUGAGAAAUGUUUCAGUAGAAAAUGCUGAAUGUGAUUCCUUAUCUAACCAGGAAACAAGGUCCUUAUCAGAUGGAGUUCAUAGGAGCCUUGAGAAGAAAGGAGAAGAGAAUGGCAAAAACAAAAGGGCAUUAUUAGAAUCAACUAGCCUAGACGUUACUGAAGGGGACCAACUUGAAAAUGAACCUAUCUCAAAAAGAAUAAAGCUGGAUUUUUCAAAACAUACUAAAGGCAGUGAAGGCAAAUCACUCAAACUCACAGUUAGGCAAGAGUCAAUUGCAGAAACAGAUAAUGUAAUAGAUGGAGCCAUAAAAAAGGUAGCAGUAAGUGACUGUGUCAGUGGUGACACACUUCUUUCAAAUUCCUUGUGUCCACAGUGUGAUUUCAAAGCUGCCGAUACUACUCCACUGAAAAUUCAUUUGGAAAGUAAAGAUUCACAAGAAGUUCCAUCUGCUGUUCCUGAAAGUACUUUUCAAGUGGAAGAAAUUAGUGUUUGCUGUACAGUUGGCAAUAUAGAUAAAGUUCUUAAAUGCAAAACUUGUGAUCAGUUUUUUUCUUCUUACCCUGAUUUGGAAAAACAUAUUCAAGAAAGCCACUCAAAGCAACCCAAAGAGCAUGUGUGUCCCCAGUGUAGUUAUAAAGCAGAAUACAGUUUAGCUUUACAAACACAUAUCAAGCAGGCUCACGGGCAAUCAAUAAUAUUUUGCUGUGAUCUCUGUGGUUUUCAGUGUGGUGAGGAGAAUCUCCUACAUUCUCAUUUCCUUGGCAAGACACACCUUCGCCGUCAACACCUUGCUUCACGAGGAGGAUUUGUACAGAUAUUGACAAAAAGAUCUUUUCAUAAAAAGCAGUAUAUAGCAGUCAACAAGAAGAAAGUGAGAGCAAAAUCUGGGCCCUAUAAAUCAAAGACAAGAACUGCUGAUUCAAAAGAAUUAAAUGCUAGUAAUCUGAAGGAUUCGAAAGUAAGCUUUUCUAAACAAAGUGAUGGCAGUGAACUUCUUGUCGAAAUGAUAACAUCUAAAAAUAUUUCCACUGAAAAAUCAGAGACCGUUACAGAGGAAAAAGAGUUUUCCUUCAGUGUAGAAGGAACUCGUGAACUCCAGACUGAAAAGCUAGAAAUAUCAGGGUCCUCAGAAGAAAAUUUGAACAAACAAGAGCCCACUAGAAGUACCCAAAAGAUAACUGGCAGUUUAAAUACAACAAGGAGAUCUGAUAGAUUGGGACAUAAGAGAAAUAUUUUAUCACUAAGAACUUCUUUCAGACGAAGUGGCUCUUUUAAAUUAAAAAAGCAAAUUAAAGGAAGAUAUAGUUUGUUGGGUGUUAGUAAAAGAGGCAAACCCAAAUCUCACCAAACGCAGGUGAAACACAACUUCAGGACCCAGCGUAAACCAAGUAGUUUAAUGCCCAAAUUGCCUAGAGAGCUAGAAAUGGAUGAUGAUGAUGACGUUAACAGUCAGUGUAAGGCUACCUCAGAAAUACAGGCUCUGAGUCAAGAUAGGACAAAUACCAGUUCUCCUAGCACUACCAAAACUGAGGAUUCUCAGAUUAAACCUGUUGCUGACAACAAAGUUCUACAUACUUGCAUUUACUGUGGUAUUGUUUUUCAGAACAGAAAUGGUUUGGAAAUUCAUGUUAUAAGACAUCAUACAAAAGGAAUGCAGUUUCAUUGUCAAACAUGUAACUAUUCCUGUGCAAUCAGGGGGGACUUUGAACAACACUGUCAAAGUAAUAAACAUCAAAUGGGGGGUUACAGCUUUAAUUGUCACCUUUGUUCAUUUAUUUGCUUGAAUGAUACAAGCCUUGGAACUCACAUGAGUGAAGAGCAUAGUAUGCUCCAUAAUUGUAUUAUUUGCAAUCUGUAUUUUCUAACUGAGGAAGAACUGAUAGAUCAUAAAACAACUGAGAAGCAUAUUAGUUUAUUGGCUCAACAAAAUACUUCUCAAUCAAUUAGCACUGAUUUGUCUCUGCAAACUGCAGCUUAUACUACACUGGAAUCAAAUAAUAAUCUCCAAAAAAUUGUAGAUGAAAUAGAAGUGACCAUGGAGGAUGAGCCUCCAAAGCCCUGCAUGAUAAAUCAUGGAAAUGAAUUAAAGCAUUCUGUUCUCAAUAAAACCCAAUUUCAAUGUAAAAAGUGUUUUUAUAAAACAAGAUCCUCCACAGUUCUUACAAGACACAUAAAACUUCGACAUGCACAGGAAUAUCAUUUUCUUUGCAAAGCAUGUAACCUUUAUUCACUGAGCAAAGAAGGAAUGGAAAAGCAUAUUAAAAGAAGCAAGCACCUUGAAAAUGCCAGGAAGAACAAUAUUGGUUUACGUUUUGAGGAAUGUAUUGAAAGGGUAUGUGUAGAUGCAAGUGAUGUUAAAAAAGUAAUAGAGCCUUCCACUUCUGGCAAUGUAAAGACUGAAUUAGAUAAAGAAAGUAUACAGACACCUUCCUCUACUGUGGAUAACACAUCCACAAAUAAAGAACUGAUUCCAUCAGGUGAAAUUACCAAAGACAGUCAGUUAGUUUUGGCCAAUGCACCAAAGAGAGGGAGACCCAAAGGCACCAUCUCUAGGACAUGCACCCAUUGCGGUCUUUUGGCCUCCAGUGUUACCAACUUGACUGUACAUAUUAGACGAAAGCACAGUCACCAGUACAGCUAUUUGUGUAAACUUUGCAAUUAUUAUACUGUAACCAAAGGUGACAUGGAACGUCAUUGUGCCACCAAGAAACAUAAAGGUCGUGUUGAAAUGGAAGCUAAUGGAAAACAAAACACAGAGGUAGUUGUUUGCCCAGAAGGAGGUAAUCUUGAAUCCAUUAGCAAGAAGAUCAACAGCCCAAUGGAUAUUUUGAAUGAACAUGUUGAGGAUGAUAGCCAGUCAUCGGAUUUGGAUACUUCAGUCUUAGAAAAUCAGGAAGAAGACCAGGGAAACUCCAUUGAGGUAGAAGUUGACAAUGUAUCUCAACUCCCAGAUCUGCAGUAUACGAAGAACCCUAUAAAUAUAAAACAGCAUAUACUUAUGGAGCCAAGUAAUGUUACUCAAGAUGGUGACCCAUGUUUUCAGAGAAGAGUUACAGGUGCAAAUGACAAUAAAUGUGUACACUGUGAGUUUGUUGCUCAUUCGUCUUCUUCUCUAGAGCUGCAUGUAAAACGGAAGCAUACUAAAGAAUUUGAAUACUACUGCAUGGCUUGUGAUUACUAUGCAGUUACUCGUCGAGAGAUGACUAGGCACGCAGCAACAGAGAAGCAUAAAAUUAAAAGACAAUCUUAUGUUUGUUCUUCCCCUGGAGAGAAAGCAGAUACAACAGGUAUUGCCAAAGAAACCUCUGUUAUGUCUCCAAAGGAUCAUCAACAAAACACAGAAGAAUUUCAGAUAGUUUCAGAUGAAACAAAAUAUGUCAACAGUGGUAAAGCACAGGAUGAUCAAACUCUGAAAAGCUUAGCUGACUCUACUGUCUUAGAUGGAAAUACAUCUUCAGAAAUUUCUAAACAAGAUGGUGCCCACAAUGCAGUAGGAGUUGAAAAUGAGGAGGAAUCUAAUGAAGGAGAAAAUCCCCUUUAUGAAGUCUUCCAACAAACAUCUCAAAAAGAUGAAGUUAAACUUAGUGAGAUAAUACCUCUUAAAGAAGUAGUCAUUUGUGAUUUGCAGAAAAAUGGGCAAGAUCCAAUCAAUUCAAAUUUCCAUUGCAGUGUAGAAAAUCAAAAUGUUUCAAAUGACAUGAAUGCCCCAAACUUGGAUUCCAAAAAAAGUGGGAAAACUUUAGAAGAAAAUGGAGAAAACCUUGAAAACGAGUAUAAACAUACUGAAGUUCUUGAAGAAGAAUUACUAACAGAAAGAACCCCACAUGUGCCAGGACUUUCAGAAACAUGUAAUGUAGCAGAGCAGUCAAAUCUUGAUGAAAACAUUAGAAAUACUGUUCAAAAUGUACAUAGCUUAGAGGGUGACAGAAGCUUCCGAAAGGAUCCUACUGUAGAGGAGGAAGAAGCCCUUACGGACGCAAAACAUGAAGCAGAAGUAACUAUAAACAACAGCAUUUGGGAAGCAGAUGGCUCAACAGCUGAAGGCAUGCAAGAAACUAGUAAUGAGGCUUUGGGAACUGUUAUCAGUACUGAUGAUAAAGGAAAGGCAAUGCAAAAUUUUGGCCAGUUUGAUGCUUCUAUAGUAAGAUUAAAAAGCCAUCAAGAUGGAGAGUCCACUGACCACUCCGAUGAAGGACAGAUGUCAGGUGGAAUGAAAGUUAGUGAGGUAACUGUAAAAAUAGAUAGCUCGCAAAGUGGAGGGAAAAAGAAGAAAUCUGAAGGAAAUCCCCUUGGGGAAUCGACACGUAUUCGUUGUGAUGACUGUGGCUUUUUAGCAGAUGGUUUAAGUGGACUAAAUGUUCACAUAGCCAUGAAGCAUCCUUCAAAAGAGAAACAUUUUCAUUGUUUACUCUGUGGAAAAUCAUUUUACACAGAAAGCAACCUUCACCAGCACUUGGCUAGUGCUGGUCACAUGAGAAAUGAACAGGCAAGUGUGGAAGAGCUACCGGAAGGAGGCGCCACCUUUAAAUGUGUUAAGUGCACUGAGCCCUUUGAUUCUGAACAGAAUUUGUUUCUUCAUAUUAAAGAACAACAUGAAGAACUACUGCGGGAGGUGAAUAAGUACAUUGUGGAAGACACUGAGCAAAUCAACCGAGAAAGAGAGGAAAAUCAAGGCAAUGUGUGCAAGUAUUGUGGCAAGAUGUGCAGAAGUAGCAAUUCCAUGGCCUUCCUAGCUCACAUUCGAACCCAUACAGGAUCAAAGCCAUUCAAGUGCAAGAUAUGCCACUUUGCAACAGCUCAGCUCGGAGAUGCCAGAAACCAUGUCAAGAGGCACCUUGGGAUGAGGGAAUACAAGUGUCAUGUCUGUGGAGUGGCCUUUGUGAUGAAGAAACACUUAAAUACUCACUUACUGGGCAAACAUGGAGUUGGUACACCAAAAGAAAGGAAAUUUACAUGUCACUUGUGUGACAGAAGUUUCACAGAGAAGUGGGCACUGAACAACCAUAUGAAACUGCACACAGGAGAAAAGCCAUUUAAGUGUACCUGGCCUACAUGCCAUUAUUCUUUCCUCACAGCUUCUGCAAUGAAAGACCACUAUAGGACUCAUACAGGCGAGAAGUCGUUCCUGUGUGACCUUUGUGGCUUUGCCGGCGGGACGCGUCAUGCCCUCACUAAGCAUCGGCGGCAGCACACAGGAGAGAAACCAUUCAGAUGUGAUGAGUGUAAUUUCGCUUCCACAACACAGUCACAUCUGACACGACAUAAGCGUGUCCAUACUGGUGAAAAACCCUACAGAUGUCCCUGGUGUGACUACAGGUCUAACUGCGCUGAAAAUAUCCGUAAGCAUAUCUUACACACAGGAAAGCAUGAAGGAGUAAAAAUGUAUAACUGCCCCAAAUGUGACUAUGGAACCAAUGUCCCAGUGGAAUUUCGCAAUCACCUGAAGGAACUGCAUCCUGACAUUGAAAAUCCUGAUCUAGCUUACUUGCAUGCUGAUAUAAAGCAAAGACUAUGAAGAGGCAAUCAUUUUUGCAGCUAUCAGACUUUCAGUAACAUAUCUCUUGUGGUUUAAAUAACAGAUAGUUUAAGUGUUUUUCCAUUACCUUCGUGUAAAUGAAAAAUGCAUAAAAUAUUUUAACAAGGCAAAGUAAUCCAAGGAGAUUGUUAUUUUGUGUUACAAAUUAGGUUAUUUCUGUCAUAAAAUUAAAGGGAAAAAAAUCAACGCAAGGACAUUUCAGCUUAAUAUCAUUUACCAGAAGGAACAUGUAACAGAUUUAAUGAGCUAGCAGGUCACCUGAAUCCAGCUGUUUCCGACCAGCUUUAUGAAACGGAGAAUGCAGCUAGCGGUAGGAGGUAAGCAUUAUUACAAGCUCUCAAGGAGUAACAAAAUCGAUUUCUGCUUGAAUGAAUUAAUUUAGAUUAUCAAUUUAUAACCAGCUACACGAAUCCCAUCAACUCAACAGUUCAGUGAAUGAUCAGUCUCAGCCCUUGCAAGAGCGUAACAAUUAGAGAGCUCUAUAGUUAUCUCCUGUCCUGCAGGGUUGCUAACAAAGUUACUAGUUGGCUUGACAAGAGGAAAAGGGAAAUGUCUGCUUAAAGACUUUGCAAAAAUGAAAUAUAGCAUCGGGGGGGGGGGAGCAUCUAGAAUUCAAGUAACCAAGUUACAGGUUUGUGGGGUCUAACUUUCUGAUACUCUUGCCAAAGGGUAACUUUAAUGCAAUGUCAUUCUCUUUUAUAAGUACAAGGAUAAGGCAUCUUAAAUCAAUAAGUAAGAUCACACUAUUUAAAUUUAAUUUUUCUUAAAUAAAUAAUUAUAUAUUUAUGUGCUAAGAAGGAACUUUUUAAUGUUUCUUACUCUAAAACAAAUAUACAUUUAAAAAUGUCUUUGCUUGAUGGUGAACCAAACAUGAUGAACUGAGUCUCCACCACCCCACACCUUGCAUCAUCAUUGACACCUGCAGAAACAGAUUGUAAAAGGCUACCAAGUGAGAUAUUAAUGUUUUACAUUCACUUUGCAAAGGUGUUAAAUGACAACACAAGAUGCAAGUCAGCAGAGGAUCAGACCCUACAUGUUUUAAUCUUUGACUUGUCUCCUUUUAAUAUUACAGAAUGGCUAUAACACAAGAACUAGGCAGCAGGUUUAAAACAAACAAAAGGAAGUAUUUCUUCACACAAUGCACAGUCAACCUGGGGAACUCUUUUCUAGAGGAUGUUGUGAAGGUCAAGACUAUAACAGGGUUCAAAAAAGAACUAGAUAAAUUCAUGGAGGAUAGGUCCAUCAAUGGCUAUUAGCCAGGAUGGGCAGGGUUGGUGUCCUUAGCCUCUGUUUGCAGAAACUGGGAAUGAGUGACAGGGAAUGGAUCAGUUGAACAUUGACUGUUCUGUUCAUUCCCUCUGAAACAUCUGGCAUUAGCCACUGUCAGAAGACAGUAUUCUGGGCUAGAUGGACCUUUGGUCUGACCCAGAAUGGCCGUUCUUAUGUUCUAUGGGUAAAAGGACUUGCUUUGCAUCAGUAAUGUCUGUCUACCUAACUCUAAAAUAUACCAGUUAGUCUCCCUUGCCUUUUUCAGCCACUUUUUUGGCACACUCUUCACUGUCUCAGUAGUCAGGAGUGAUACAAUGAGCACAGUGCUUUAAUAGCAGCAUAUGAUUUCCCACAGGAAAAUUAAUCUCAAAAGGCUAAUUCUGUUUAUAAAUAUCUUUUUAACAGAAGGUAGAAUUUGUUUCUGUAAUCAGCAUCAAUAGUGAAGCGUAGGAAGAGAGUGAUCAGCUGUCUGGUCAGAGAGUCUUACUGUUGUCCCAAAAUAAUCUCAGAUGACUGCGUUUUAAAGCCCAGAGAAAUCAAUAAGAUUAUAUUUUCUCUUUCUAAAAUGUGUAUUUUCAGUGCAGUGUUCAAGGAGUAAUGGGCACAAUGGUGCCUGUUACUGAAGUUUUGCCUACAUCAUUCUGAAAAUAUAUCAAUAAAAAAACUCUGGAUUUUUGACAGGUUUGAACUGCUAACAGAAAUGGUUAAAUAGCUCUGUUGCCCACUUGCCUUGAGACGGUAUAUUUUAAAAUUAUUGAAAAUGGAUGGGUUUAUUUUGUAUCCUUUGAAUAAACUUAGAUCUAGUGCUGGAACUGGUUACCAGUAUGUAGGGUGACCAGAUGAAAUGGAGAAAAUAUCAGGACACAUGGGGGAAGCAAAAAAAGGGAAAAAAACCACUGGAGUUGCCGAAGCGCAAAAAAAAAAAAAAACGCCAGAGCGGUCAAAGCCGCAGUAUUGGGACAAAUGGCGUCCAGACUGUGCAUCAGUCGGGAUGCGGGACAAAGACCUAAAAAUCGGGACAGUCCUGAUUUUAUCAGGACGUCUGGUCAUCCUACCAGUACUGCUAUUUCCUGCUUGGCUUUAAGGCACACUGAAAAAGACAGAUGUGGGCAGAUCACAGCUGAAGCUGGCAAUGCAAAUUAGAGGUGUACAUUGUGUAUUGUAGCAUGCAAUAUUUAAAGUAAUGUCUAUAUUAACCAAAAGUGUAACCAUAAUUUUUCUAAUCUUAUCUAAGAAGUUAGCUGUAAUUUGAAAGCAAGAUUGUUGCUAUGCAUCUCAUCUUGUGUGUGUGUGUGUGUGUAAUUACAAAUGAAUUACCUCUUAUUCUUAGUAGUAUUGUGGUAGUGUCUAGAAGCUUCAGACCUAUUAUUCUAGGCCCUGUACAAAUGUACAGUAUAAAGAGGGUGCCUGCUCCAAAGUCCUCGCAAUCCUUUUAGAUUUCCCUGUGUUACUCUCUGAAGGUCAAAUCCAGAUACCAGUUUGUACAACAUUAUGGAGAAUGGGUGUAUAAAUUGGUGGGCCCGCCAAUUAGGGGGGUUGUUAGCUCAGUGGAACAGUUAUGGAACCUACUUGUGGACCUUUCUCUGUAAUAACUGUAAGGGUUCCUGCAACUCUGGCAAGAGAAAGAAGGCACAUGUGUAGAACGGCUUGAAGGUGGGAGGGGGUUUGGAGGAGUCACUUUACGUGUGUCCCCAGUGCCUUGAGCAGCUCCCCACAUUACCUGACCAAACAGGAUGCACAGGUCCCCCGAGGAUACAUUGGUUGUUGUUAAAGUUGGGAGCACUAGUUUGGUGGUAAGUAGGUAUGGGAGGUAUUCAAGGCAUUGGGGACUCAUGUAAAGUAACUCUUUCCCAUCUGCACCCCCCACACUUUCCUAUAUAUAAUCCAACCCCCUUCUCUACCUAGGUUUGCAGCAGUGAUGUAUCAACAACAGAAAUGCUGCCCUCUGGAGGAGCUAAAGGACACUAAGUCCAUCUCCUCCCCUGUGAUUGAGGAGGAAAUGAUGAGCUAGGUCACACGUUCUCAUCUCCCUGGCUGGCAUCUCUGAGGAACUCUCUUCAGGCCACAGUGCCCGAUUUCUCCCUAGCUAACUCCGUCAGCCAAGGAGGAAUUUGCUUUUUACUGAAAUAAACAGGCCCAAUGCCUCCCCGUAUGGCAUUUACCUGCACCAAACUGCCACAUUUGGCAGUUAGGCUGAGGCAAAACUGUGACUCUGCCCUUGGGAGAGGAAGGGAAAGAACUUAUGGAGCCACAUAAACCCUCCUUCUUUCAGCGAACCCUUAAAUCAUGCACAGCAGAACUGCAGAGCUGCCAGCCACAGGUUUUGACCUGUGCAUGUGGUGAAACCCAGAAGUGGGUUCUUUGUGCUCUGUUGCUUGUAGUCAAAUAGCAGAGGUUUCUUGACAGCAAAAUCAAAUCAGUGCAACAUGAGGUUUUCUUUGGUGAAAACCUGAACAUGGAAGAGUUUGUUUAGAAAAUAUCACUUCAGACCCCCACUAACCAUUCAACUGCUGAAGAAUUACCCAUUUUCUGCUUCUCUAAGUGGUCUGAAGUAUCAGAGAGGGUAUAUGCUGUUGUUCUAGGGGAGGGCUAUUGUUUCUUGGAGAGCAGCAAGUCAGUGUAAUGAAAGAUGUAACACAUGGGGUGGAAGGAAAAAGCACUCUUUGUAUUUAGCUUUACUUUUUGUAUAGGCAAUUGCUUCCAUGUGAAUUACCAUGAUGAAAGUAUCAGAAUUAACUAGACAGGGUCAUUCUAACUUACAAAAAGAAAACCCUGAGCCCUCUGUAUUGUAGCCUACUUUUGAGCCCUUUUCAUAGGUGGGAUAAGGGUGCAGACAUAUUCAUCAGAAGUGAUUAUUUGUUUAAUCAUCCCAGGGAAUGCUGGUAAGCUUUAGGAUUUUCUAAUUUACGAAAAGGCCAAAUAGGUUUUUCCUCCAUUAUUUUCAUAACACUAGCUAUAAUCAACUGUAAUUUUUCAGGCAUAUGUUUCCAUUUUAUUUUAUGUUGGCAAAGCCUUUGAAUGCAGUCCCAAGUGCUUACCUUAACUACACCUCAUAGAGGUUGUAAAUACACCUCUCUUCAGCUGCAUUGCAGUUAGAGACAGCUCCUGGCAGCAGGCUAGGAUGGGCAAAUGACCUCAAAAUCCUGAGGGCCUAUAGCAGCAGUGUUCCACAUUAUUGAUAGUAGCAGAGAUAUUGACAGUCUGUGCUUGGAAGGAAAAUAGGAGUUUGAUAUGACAUAUUGUGUGUCUCAGCAAGACUCAUAAAUAAUUUUGACAAGUUUUUGUAUGCAUGGGAAAGUCCUUGAUUCAGCCUCCCAUAAAAAUAAACUUCUAUUAUGGAAUGUAUUUGUCAAGUGGCUGUGUGAUGGAUGGAGCUGCGUUUACCCCUUGGCAGUUCGAUGAGUUUUAGAUGCACAGCUUACCAGAGAGGAUUUACGGGCAGUACAGAAAUAAUUAUUCAGUAUGAAAAACAUAAUUCCUGUACCUGAAUUUUCAUUUUUUAUUAUAUUUUGUUUCUGUUGCAUUUCUGUUCUUUAAGACAAAAGCCCUUGCCAUUUUACUUGGAACUACUGUUCUCUCUAUGUAGUUUGCUCUUCAGUUACCCCCCCCAAAAAAAGUGAUUCAAGUCCAAACCCUUUCCCGAAAUUGGCUUGUAUUUUGUUAAUUGAACAUGGACUUUUAAUAAAUUAGCCAAAAAGUAAGAAAGUUAAUGCUUAAAAAUAUAUAUGGGCUUGGGCGUUUUUAAACAAAAAAAAUUGUGUAAAAGCUUCUGUAGGACUGGAAGAGGGACAAAAAUGAAUAAUCAGUCAAAACAUUAGUUCACCUCUGUGCUUUAGUAAUUUUCUAAUUACUAGUGUUGCCACCUUUGUGAUGGUGGAAAAAAACAAAUCAGGCACUGUAUUUGUCUCCCUUACAAGUCACAUUCUUCCAACAUUGAACCAGGAACUGUUACUGAGCCUCUUCAUCAGCUCUUAGCAUCUCCUACCUCACUAGCCCCUUUACUAACCUUCUUCCCCUUACCAUUUCUUCUACCUUUGUCUUUCUCUGCUCUCCCAUGUCCGUCCUCACAUCUCUCCUCAUUUCUCUCUUUUUCCUAUUGUCUUCAUAUUCUCUUGUCCUUCUUUUCACCUGCUCCUUCCCUACUCCUUCUCUCUCUUGUCAUCUCACCCUCUUACUCUCAUUGUUGCUUUCCUCCUUUUUUAAUGUCCUACUUCCUUUAUCUUCUUUCCUCUCACUCCUGCUUUUUUGGCCUUCUUCUUUUUCUCCCUGUACAUUUCUUUCCCUUCUCCACCUCUUCCUGAUCUCUUCUUAAUUGCUCUCUGAUCCCAUCUCUACCUAACUUUAUUCCCUGCAUCUUCUCCCACUCUGCUGUGUUCUCCCCAACCUAAACUCUUCCUUUGCAUCUCCCUCUCUUUCCCUUGUCACUCUUCCUACUAUCCUCUCUCUCUUAGGCUCCUCCUCCCCCUUCAGAUAUCAGCCCUCCCAUUCCAGUCAUAUUUUCUGCCUGUCACCACAGUGUAUGGCCAUAGAAUCAUAGAAUAUCAGGGUUGGAAGGAACCUCAGGAGGUCAUCUAGUCCAACCCCCUGCUCAAAGCAGGACCAAUCCCCAAUUAAAUCAUCCCAGCCAGGGCUUUGUCAAG